AAGAUGAAAAAUCUGACAAUGGUGGUUUCAAAUACUUCUACACAACUUUUCCAGAGUUUAGAAGAAGUCAAUGCGUCAAAAGCCGAACAACGCCUUCCCACUGUUAUCUUCCUGACGGUUUUAAUUAUCAUUGGAGUAAUUGGAAACACGGUGGUCAUUAUUGUGUAUUCGCUUAAGUACCCACCGUCAACAUUUCGACUGUACAUCCUGACUCUAGCAGACAUUGACCUUCUCUCCUGUAUUUUCGCCAUGCCUGUGGAGAUAGUGGACAACGCCUACCCAGUUAUGUUUUAUAGUGAAGCCCUAUGCAAAUGUGGUCGUUUCUUUGGCAAUGUUUUUAAGAUAGGAUCAGCUUUUGUUCUUGUUCUGAUUGCUGCCAGCAGGUACAAAAAGAUUUGUCGCCCGUUUUCAACCGCCACCACCUUACUUCAAGCUCGUCUUUAUUGUGGAGCGACGAUUCUUCUUGCCAUCGCACUUUCUUGGCCAAAUGCAUUCGUCCAAGGACUUAAACACGUACAUCUUCCAGGAAAUAUCACUGGAUUUGAUUGCUCUCUUGAUGACGACAUUGUGAAUACUCAAUAUCCUUUUAUUUAUUUCACAAUUAUUUUUGCUGUAAAUGUCAUAGUGUUUCUGCUGCUCGCUGUUUUAUAUACCUUCGUUAUUUUAUCACUUCGGAAACACACCAAAAACCUAACGACUAAGAAUCUGAAUGAAAAACUGAACAAUUCAAAUCCCAGAAUCACAAAACUUAUGAUUGCAAUCACAGUUGCGUUUAUCUUGUCCUAUCUACCGAACUGCAUUUUGGAUGCCACUUCCACGUUCAAUAGAGGCCUUGCUUUGCCACCAAGCCCAGUUGUAUUGGCAACUCUACCGCUUUUGGCAAGAGCAUUUUUUAUUAACAAUGUCAUCAAUCCUUUUAUAUACUUAGUUGGGGAGUCAAAAUUCCGAAAAAUUGUUUACCAGUCAUUGAGAUGGUUGUAUUAUACCAUCUGUUGUCCAAAAGAGAAGCAAAAUAAAAGCUUUGCCAUCACUGAUUAAUUCUGAUCACCAAAUUUACAAGUUUUUUUCAUGUGCCAGAAUAAGUUUCAUUUCAGAAGUGCUGAGCUAUCAAGUAUUCAUAGACAAUGUCAUUGUCAACGUCUCAAAACGCUACCAUUUCUAUCCAUUUAUAAUUAUGCAUAUUCCUUUGAUUGUAACUCGAGAAAUCAACCAUACUUAUUUCCUUUGUCAAGAAUGACUCUUCCACAGUCAUUUGUGCACAAACAUGUACUAUGGGAAAGGCGGAGAGGAAUGAACUGGGAAUGUGUUCUUAAACUUUUAAAAUAACUACAGUCGUACCUUCAUAUGCAACCAUCAAAUUUUCCGGUAUUAUGCAACUGAAAUACUGACUUUGGUCACUUAAUUUUGUCCUAUACUAGAUACUCAGGGCAAUUGAGCAGUGAUGGAUCUUUUUCGUUCCAGCACCUACUGCAACACAAGACGUAGGUUUAUACGGUCUCAUCCGAAGUUAUGAAAUUAAAACAAUUGAUUGAAUUAAUAAAGACUGAUUGACUUAAAUAUUGAUGGAUGUACAUUUAAUAUUAAUGUUUGAUUACCUAUUAUAAGCAACAUUUUGUGUGCGUUGCAAUUGUAAACAAUCGAUAAAACUUUGAUGAACGUGGAUCAAAAUAAUUAACCUUCCCAUUUUGAAACAGGACUUCGAAAAAUCUGUAUGA